AAAUAAGAACACUGCACCUUUAAUUGUGUUACUCAUUAACAUCAGCUGUAGAAACGCACAAGCCUAAGCAUUUUUUACGAAUGAUGUAGACCAAGUCAUGUAUGUGGCACUGGCACUCUCUCUUUCUCUCUCUCUCCCCACCCUCGACACAGCGGCUGAUGCUGAUGCUGAUGCGAGGACGCUCAUUCUGACUCUCACAUCCUGAGCGGCGACACACCGUCACCUGCUCCUCCUGUAUUCUCAGUGAACUUUGAGCAGCGCAUUCAUUCACAGUCAGCAGCGGUUAGUGGAGAGGUGACAAGAACAACCAUUCACGAGAGGGAUUCCUUACAAUGACGGUCAUCAACGGAGGAGACGUACGUGGAAAAUAGAUCAGUUUGAACAGAGCAGGACACGGUUUCUGAGUCUUAGGAGGAAGCGAGAGCUAUUUCCAUUCCCUAACAGCUCAAACCAUUGACAAACGGGAACUGGCUGAUUACUGAAAACAGAUAGUGAGGGCGACUAUUUUAUUUAGUCAAUACAGCAGCAUCGAACGGAGAGAACACUGUGCUGCAGGAGCCAGAGAAGACACUGAAAGUCCGUCUGAACAAAAGACUUCAACUAACGGAGAGCUACACUGAAAUUUGGAAGGUCUCCGCAUACUAGAAAGCUAGUUGUCUGGCUGGAAACCUCCUUGGCUCGCACGCGCUGGGGAAUAGAUUCCUGACAUGAGCGACUAACAUCAUCGACAAACAACAACACACCGGCGGAUAAACCACACUGAUCCCUGCGAGCGACCACCUGUCUCCAGAGCAGACCAACCGGUGGUGUAAAGUUUUAGGAAUCCACAAACAGACCGUCCAGACCUUACCAUGCCUUUGUCCUUCAGUUCAUAUCGCCGCUUCCCCUUCUCCUUCAUUUCCUUGAUCCUCCCCGUCCUCCUCCUGUCUUUCUCCAUCCCUUCUCAAGCUGACUCCCAAGAUGUAGGCCAAUCUAAAUCUAACUGUUCUCAAAAUGACAUGUGUGAAGACGGGGUCCUUUUACCAGUGUGGAAUCCCCAGAAUCCCUCAGUUGGUGACAAAGUGGCCCGUGCCAUUGUGUACCUAGUUGCACUAGUCUACAUGUUCUUAGGUAUGUCAAUCAUUGCUGACCGCUUCAUGACUGCCAUCGAAGUUAUAACUUCUCAAGAAAAGGAGAUCACUACAAAGAGGCCUAAUGGCGAAACGGUCACCACGACAGUUCGCAUAUGGAAUGAGACUGUCUCCAAUCUGACCCUCAUGGCUCUGGGUUCAUCAGCCCCUGAGAUUUUGCUUUCUGUCAUUGAGGUCUGUGGGCAUAAUUUUGAGGCCGGUACUCUUGGUCCCAGCACCAUUGUGGGAAGUGCCGCUUUCAACAUGUUUGUGAUCAUUGGCAUCUGUGUCUAUGUGGUACCUGAAGGUGAAAGACGGAAGGUCAAACACCUUCGGGUGUUUUUCGUGACUGCAGCUUGGAGCAUGUUUGCUUAUAUCUGGCUGUAUCUUAUCCUCUCCGUGUUCUCCCCUGGUGAGGUGGAAGUGUGGGAAGCAGUGCUGACAUUCCUCUUCUUCCCUCUCUGCGUGGUCCAGGCCUGGGUUGCUGAUCGACGAUUGCUCUUUUACAAGUAUGCCCAAAAGCGGUACCGAACUGAAAAAGGCCGUGGAAUUAUUGUGUCCGAGGGCGGCGAAGAAGUUGGCAAGGAGGCAGGAUUCACAAAGAUGGACAUGCUGGAAAUUGAUGGAAUCACAACACAUCUGGACGGAAUGCUGGGAGGGGAAAGUGGGAUUGGUGGACGUGAUCAAGAGGAGGAGGCCAGGAGAGACAUGGCCAGAACUCUAAAGGAACUGAAGCAAAGACAUCCUGACAAAGACAUGGAGCAGCUCAUAGAGAUGGCCAACUAUCAGGUUCUAAUACAGCAGCAGAAGAGCAGAGCUUUCUACCGCAUUCAGGCGACAAGGAUGAUGAUUGGUGCUGGGAACGUCUUAAAGAAACACGCAGCGGAUCAGGCCCGCAAAGUGGUCAGCAGUGGGGAACCUCGGGAGCAGGAGGAUGACCCUCUUGUCACAAGAAUAGACUUUGAACCUGCCCUCUACCAGUGCUUUGAGAACUGUGGGUCCUUAAAACUUACUGUGCAAAGGCAUGGAGGAGAUGCUGGGUGCACUGUUAAGGUGGACUACCGAACAGAAGAUGGCACAGCCAAUGCCGGUUCUGACUAUGAAUUUGCUGAGGGCACACUCGUCUUCAAACCUGGCGAGAACAUUAAAGAGAUCUCCGUAGGCAUUAUUGAUGAUGACAUCUUUGAGGAAGAUGAAUACUUCUAUGUGCGCCUAAACAAUCCCCGUAUUGUCGGGUGGGCUGAUGGACAUCCUAUUAGUAUGGAGACUGGUGCACCUGCUCCUAGCGCAGCCCUUGGUGAGGCGCACACGGCGACCGUGACGAUCUACGAUGACGACCACGCAGGAAUUUUCACAUUCGAAAGCGAGUCGAUGCGAGUUAGCGAAAGUAUUGGCAUCAUGCAGGUGAAGGUCAUGAGGACAUCAGGAGCACGUGGUCUGGUGGCUGUACCGUACCAUACAGUGGAUGCCACAGCUUGUGGAGGGGAAGACUAUGAGGAAGUGUCGGGAAAACUGGAGUUCCAGAACGACGAGACAAUGAAAAUAAUCGAGGUGAAGAUUAUAGAUGACGAAGAGUAUGAAAAGAACAAGACCUUCAGUAUUGAGUUAGGAGAGCCAGUCCUACUAGAGAUUGGACAGAAACAUGGAGAUUCUAAUGAGAAUAAGCCAGAGAUCGGGGCGGAGGAAGAGGAAGUAGCUAAGAUGGGAUGUCCUAGUCUGGGAGAACAUACCAGAUUGGAGGUGGUGAUUGAAGAGUCUUACGAAUUUAAGAACACGGUGGAUAAGCUCAUUAAGAAGACUAACCUGGCUUUGGUAGUCGGCAGCAGUAGCUGGAGAGAGCAGUUUGUGAGUGCUGUAACUGUGAGUGCAGGUGACGAUGAUGAGGAGGAGAGUGGUGAAGAGCGUCUUCCAUCCUGCUUUGAUUACAUCAUGCACUUCCUCACAGUCUUCUGGAAGGUUCUCUUUGCCUUCGUCCCACCCACAGAGUAUUGGAAUGGAUGGGCAUGCUUCAUCGUGUCCAUCUCUCUGAUUGGUGUCCUGACAGCAGUCACAGGCGAUCUUGCUUCCCACUUUGGGUGUACUGUUGGCCUGAAGGAUUCAGUCACUGCCGUGGUCUUUGUUGCCCUUGGAACCUCUGUCCCAGACACUUUUGCCAGUAAGGUUGCUGCCAUCCAAGACCAGUAUGCAGACGCCUCUAUUGGUAAUGUGACGGGCAGCAACGCUGUCAAUGUUUUCCUGGGCAUCGGUGUGGCGUGGACCAUAGCUGCUGUAUACUGGCGUACCAAGGGUAAACGUUUCUAUGUAGAUCCAGGUUCUCUGGCCUUCUCUGUCACCCUCUUCUCUGUUUUGGCCGUGGUAUGUGUCAGCGUGCUGUUGUAUCGCCGGCGCCUCUCAGUGGCUGGAGGAGAGCUUGGCGGUCCUCGGACUUGCAAGAUAUUGACGUCCUUGUUCUUCAUCUCCCUCUGGCUGAUCUACAUCCUGUUGGCGUCAUUGGAAGCGUACUGCCACAUCGCUGGAUUCUGAGGCAACGAGGCCUCAUAUGGUUUCUGUUUGGAGAGGAAUAUAAAUAAUGGCCAGUGAAGUAGCAAUUUUUCUUUGUAUUUAUUAGAUAUUUAUGUUUUUAAUAAGUCUGAUAAGUCCCAAAAUGAAUAAGUAUGUCAUCAUUCACAGCUUUUAUGUUGUCCCAAAGAACAUUAAAAAGUGUAGAUUUUUGUUUUGAGGGGGAACUAUAGGAAAUUAUCACAGAUUUUCCUUUUUUUUUUUUUUUGUAUGAACUGUCCCUAUAAAUGAGUUAAUGUAGUAUCUUAAACAUCAUUCCUUGUUCCCUUGCCUUGUAUCUGUCUCUCAGUGCUGUCUUAAAUCAAUCCAAAAGAGUAACCAAUGAAUCAUGUCUUUUUUCUUUUUUCUUUUUUCUUUUGUACUCCUGUUUGAGCCAAUCCGAGCCUUCUGUCAAUGAAUGAAGGUUUUUUUUUUUUUUUUUUUUUUUUUUAAAUAUAUAUAUAUAUUAAGUGUCAGUAUUACUCUUCUGUAACUGUAAUGAUGAUAUUUUAAAAGAUAUUUAAAUGGACAGAAUUACCAAACAUGGACAUUUAAUUGUUAAGAGAAGACUGAACAAACGUGCUGAACUUAAAAUUGCUUGUGUUAGAAGAAAAGCAUGUUUCAGGACUAAAUAUGAAUCGGACAGAUGGUCUGAAAAGCAUGUCGAGUUCAUAACUAAUCAUAUAUCAUGAAUGAAUGGUGACAUUAUUGAGAAGUCAAACAGCGAAAAGGAAAAACUCAGAAAAUGGACUGAAAUAAUUCUAAAGUGGACAGACGAGCAAUUGGAAAAUAAUGUCAGUGAUGGUGCUGCAUAUCAUUAAAAAUAAUUCUCAUUUAAAUAUGUAUGUAAUGUGUGAGUGUGUGAGAGAGAAACCACUCAACCAAGAAUAAACAGCUCAGCUGAUGUUCUCUUGAAAUAGCAAACCAUGUAAUUGAUGUAAUUAGCUGUCUGUAUCUAUCUGUAUUUGCCUUGUCCCUUGAUGGUCACACUCCUUGACAUCAAAUGUUCAAUAGGAGAUGCUAGCCUGUUAACAUGAUGUGACAUUUGACAUGGUGACAAAUGCUCUUACUGACUGAUUACCAAACUGUAUCACCCUAAGUUCACCUGAAAGUUAGAAUCCUGACAGUAUUUACUCACUCUCAUGUGAUUCUAAACCCAUAUGACCUGAGAAACAUAAAAACAAAAUGUUUAGCAGAAUCUUGAUGCUGAUCCUUAUCAUACGACAAAAGCCGAAAGUGACCACCCAUACAAAAAGUACACUUCAUUUAAUUAAAAAUAAAUGGACUGAAACACGCCAUAAAAACACUGCAAAAUAGUCUAAUAAUAAAUACAAGCUAAUCAUGUAUCUUCAGGGUUCAUGAAAUUCAGUACACAAGUCACAUUGACUACUUUUAUUGAUUCAUUUGUUUGUUUGUUUUGGUUAUUUUUGGACUAAAUAUAUGGGUGUUUAGAAUGUCAUGGGGGUGCACAUGAUCCAAAACAAACGUUGAACCUUUAUUUAUCAGUUUUGGCUGUUUUAUGAUGUUUGUUGUAGUGAAUUUUCAGUUGUCACUGUUUCGGUGUUCACUGUCUGUCUAUCUGUGUCUGACUUCUGUGUAAUUAUUCUGUGAGACAUUCAGGAAGACAGUGGGAGGGUGGCAGGCAUCGACUCUGGCAAUGUUUGAUGGAGACGGAGAGCACAGAAAAAGAGUGAAUGAGACUGAUUUAGCAGUAGCGUAGAUAUUUAACCCUCGGAAGUAGCUGCUCUCAGACUAGUAUAGUAUUCAGAGUGAGAGAAUGUGCACCCAGAGUAUUUUUAGUGUUAUCUUGUUGCUAGGCGACCCGCCCAGAGAGUCAUUGUCUUGUCUGGACACAGUGACGGGUGCUUGUGUGUGUGUGUGUGUGUGGGUGUUGCUGUAUGUGUGUAACACCCCCUCACUGGAGUCUAUUCAAGGCUGAAAUCUCUGCAUAAAAAAAUCUUUGCCAAAUUAACUUCUUUUACAACCUUAGUUUACUGGAGGUUUGAGUUGAACUGAAAAGAUUUUGGUAAAGCGGUUGCAAAGGUAAUUAUAUUGAUCUUCAGUUAUGAUCAUGUAACUGAUAUGAUUGAAUUGAUGAUCAUUACCGAUCAUGCCAGCUCAUGCUGUCACAAGGAUCAUCCGUCAUCAACGCAGUGAAUCCCACAUCAGACUGACAUACAGCAGAAGAGUGUGCAUGUAAUCGCUUUAUAGGGUCACCGCUUUCUCUCUCUCUGCCAGGCUGCUCUUGAAGCACAAUAAAUUGAAGUGCAAUCGCAAAUGUCACGCUGAAAACAGAUAUCGUAAUUGGAUUAAGCAGCCUGCCCAGAGAAAGAGAGAGAGAGAGAGAGAGAGAGAGAGAGAGAGAGAGAGA